ACUGUUGUUUAUUGUACUCAUCGAUCGUGCGAACUGAUUCUGUGCCACCGAAAUCAGUAGUUUAGUGGGCGAAAUCAAUAACGACGAAAAUCCCCCCCAAAAGAAAGCCUUGCCCGUCAUUAACGCGCAAACGUUCAUCAUGGUCGGAAGAAAGAAGCGUGCAAGUGCAGCUAAUCGUAAGUCGGUUCAGUUUGCAACAGCGUCCCGUUCGAAAAUUUCCAACGACAGUGUGUAUCCCAGUUACUCCGAAUUCAAGGUCACCUACCCCGUUGUCUGCCGCCAGCGUUACCACCAGGACAAACUGCGCUACGACAAACAAUUUGAAUACGAGUUGAAAAUGUUAGAACUUAUGCAGAAUUCAGCAUACGACUCGAUGCGUUUCCACAGACAUUUUGCCAUUACGACGUUGUGGCCACCGUUACACACCCGGAAGGAGAUUGAGUAUGUAAUAAGUAAAUUUUUCCGUCUCCCAGACAAACAGACUCGCCGUUUGCAUGAUAUGAUGAUUGCUCCUGUGUACUAAAGGGGAAAACACUUUUUGUAAAUUUGUAGUAAAUUAUUAAAUAAAGCUUGUGGCGAAUGUAGUUUCUUAUUUACGACACAA